UCUAAAUGUCACAUUCUUUGGCCUCCACAUCAAAUUCACCCCUGGCCACACCCAGCAGUUCAGCUGUACGUGCCUUGGCCCUAGAAUAUAAAUCACUGCAAGAGGAACCCGUGGAGGGAUUUCGUGUCAAGCUUGUCAAUGAAGAUAAUCUCUUUGAAUGGGAGGUAGCCAUAUUUGGACCACCGGAUACCCUCUAUCAGGGUGGUUAUUUUAAGGCUCACAUGAAAUUUCCACCCGACUACCCAUAUUCACCGCCAUCAAUACGUUUCCUCACCAAAGUAUGGCAUCCAAAUGUCUAUGAAAAUGGUGAUCUAUGUAUAUCGAUAUUACAUCCACCCGUUGAUGAUCCACAAAGUGGUGAAUUACCCUGUGAACGUUGGAAUCCAACACAAAAUGUUCGCACCAUAUUGCUGUCCGUGAUUUCAUUGCUCAAUGAACCAAAUACCUAUUCACCGGCCAAUGUUGAUGCCUCGGUAAUGUAUCGUCGAUGGAGAGAUUCUCAGGGCAAAGAUAAUGAAUAUCCCAAUAUAAUACGUAAACAAGCAUUGGCCGCCAAUGCCGAUGCCAUUAAGGAGGGUAUUGUUGUGCCCAUGACCUUGGAGGAUUAUUGCAUUAAACCCAAACGAAAAGAGAACACAGAACCCACAUUAGAUUCGAACUUUUUCGAUGAUGUUUUCGAUUUGGAAACCGAAGAUGAUAUGCCAACCGACGAUGAUGAUGACGAGGAGGAUGAAGAUGAUGAUGACGAUGCAGAUAAUGGCGAUGAUAGUGGAAAGGGUGAAACAACAUAAA